AUGGACUGGGUUAUUUUGACGAGGUUCGUAAUCAACGUCUUCUCAUUAUCGCUGAAUUGUUGGGUCUUGUUGGUGAUCGUACUGACGCCAAAACUACAUCAUCCGUGUUUCGAUGAGCUCUUCUUCUCCCAAAACUUUACCGACAUGUUUGCGACAGUGGUCAGGAUUUCUUUAACGUAUAUUCCGGAGUUGCUGUUUGACACUGAGGACGAGUACAUUCGGAAGUUUUUGAUGAAAAAGGACAGCUGGGCGAACGUGAUCAACGCAGCGGAGUGGUAUAACAAGUGGGUGCUGGUCGCUAUAACCUGGAUCAUCCCACUGGCCGCAAUUUUGCCAAUGUUCUCCCCGUGUUGUGGGAGCUAUUUUUAUGAAGGCGCCAUCGACUCCGUGGAGUACAGGGACGUGACCGUGUCGGCAAUUUUCGACAGUGUUGACAUGAUUUUUGAGACGCUAGUGUACGCGCCAGUACUAUGCGCGUUGAAUACGUUCACGUUAAUAAUGCUCUACAAGCAGUACAAUCGGAUCGUGAGACGGCAUGGAAAAGGCAAGAAAAGCAGCGUCGAACGCCUCGAGAUCGAGCUGACCUUCGCGAUGAUCUCAAUCUUCGACCAACAAAUCGACUUCUUUGUCAUCCUGUUCUACACCCUCUACUGGGCGAGCGAGAUGAAUUUCGCGCCCGUCAAGCAAGGCCCCGUCCUGACCGUUUACUCCGCCAUCUUCGAGUUCGGAAAUCUCGUCAACCCGUACGUGUAUCUCAUUUCUUGCCCACCGCUGCGAAAAGCCUUUUUCUCAUCCGUCUUUCGCUUGUUUUGCGCU